AUGACAAGCCUCGACGGCUCGCUCAAACGCAAGCGCGGCGCACCCGCGCCCCAAAAGUCGCGCUCGCGCGGGGCGAGGCAGGUAAAGAGGCAGUUCUACGACGAUGACAUCGACAGCCUCACCCACCAGGCAGCCGCCUUUGUCGAGCCACCCAAUUUCCGCAAAUUCGAGCAGCUCCCCAUCUCUUCGCAGACCAAAAAAGGCCUCAAAAAGGCCGGCUUCACCGACAUGACCGACAUCCAGUCAAAGUCUCUACCCCUUUCUCUUCGUGGCAGCGACGUGCUCGGCGCAGCUCGCACCGGCUCCGGAAAGACUCUUGCGUUUCUCGUGCCUGUCCUCGAGAUCCUCUAUCGCAACAGGUGGGGGCCCACCGACGGCCUGGGAGCCCUCGUCAUCUCGCCCACCCGCGAGCUCGCCAUUCAGAUCUUUGAGGUCCUCCGCAAGAUUGGCCCUUUUCACUCCUUCUCGGCCGGCCUCGUCAUCGGCGGCAAGGACCUCAAGCAGGAAAAGGACCGCCUCUCGAGGAUGAACAUCCUCGUUGCCACCCCGGGUCGCCUGCUGCAGCACAUGGACCAGACCUUGGGCUUCGAUACCUCCAAUGUACAGGUCCUUGUCCUCGACGAGGCCGAUCGCAUCCUCGACAUGGGCUUCUCCAGGACGCUCAACGCCAUCGUCGAGAACCUGCCCAAACAGCGUCAGACGAUGCUCUUUUCCGCAACGCAGACCAAACGCGUAAAGGAUCUCGCCAGGCUCAGCCUCAAGGAUCCAGAAUACGUCGCAGUCCAGGAGGCCGACAACGAGAGCUCCACCCCGCGCAACCUCGAACAGCACUACAUGGUCGUCGACCUCGACAAGAAGCUCGACGUGCUCUACUCGUUCAUCCGCACCCACACAAAGUGCAAGGCGCUCGUCUUCAUGAGCUCGUGCCGACAGGUCCAGUUUGUCCACGAGACCUUUUGCAAGCUCCGGCCGGGCACCAGCCUUAUGUGUCUGCACGGCAAGCAGAAACAGGCCAAGCGCCUGCAGAUCUUCAGCGAGUUCACGCGGACCAAACACGCCGUGCUCUUCGCCACCGACAUUGCCGCUCGAGGUCUCGACUUCCCAGCCGUGGACUGGGUCAUCCAGCUCGACGUGCCCGAGGACAUCGACACCUACAUCCACCGAGUAGGCCGGACCGCGCGCUACAAUGCAAAGGGCAACAGCCUCUUGUUUGUGCUGCCCAGUGAGGAAAAGGGCGUGCUCGAGAGCCUCUCGACCAAGAACGUGCCCGUCGGCCGCAUCAAGCCCAAGGAGAGCAAGACGCAAAGCAUCCGCGAUCAGCUGCAGUCGUUCGCCUUCCAGGAUCCGCAGAUUAAGCAUCUCGCCCAGAAAGCGUUCGUCUCCUACGUCCGGUCCGUCCACCUGCAGAAAGACAAAGCCAUUUUCGACGUCACCGCGCUGCCCCUCGAGGACUUCGCCGAAGCACUCGGCCUGCCUGGCAUGCCAAAAGUCAAGUUUGUCAAAGAAGCCGAAAAGGCGAAACGAGCUGCCCAACAGAAGGCGACCAAGGAGGCGCGCAAAGCCUCAGCCCCAGGGGCAGAGCACGAGGUUGACGAUGACGACAAGCCGGCAAAGGUCAGGACCAAGUACGACCGCAUGUUUGAGAGGAAGAACCAGGACAUCCUCAGCGAGCACUACUCCAGACUCAUCGCCAAGGACGACGCGAGCAGUGGGUCAGGCUCCGAUUCGGACACGGAGUCUGGAUCGCAGGGCGGCCACGGCAGCGUCGACGACUCCGAAGCGGACCCCGACAGCGAUCUGGAGGAGAGCCGCUAUGGCAAGGCUCGGCGUCGCCCGGACAAGCUCGUCGGAGACACGUCCGAUUCUGACUCCGAGGAUGACGAGGCCGCUGAUGGCCGCGCUGCGUCCAAGCGUAAGGAUUCGGAACGUGGGGCCGACGACGACUUCCUCACUUUGAAGCGUGCCAAUCACGCGCUCGGCGAUGACGACGACGACGACAACGACGACAACGAUGGGCUCGUCAAGAUCGACUCGCUGGACAAGAUUACGGCGGACUCCACCAACAACCUCUCCAAGCGGAAGCUGGCCAUGGGGCAGAGCAAGAAGGCGCUAGCUCUUGCUGGCAAGCGCGGCAUCAGCGAGAAGCUCUUGUUCGAUGACGAAGGCAACGCCCACGCGCUCUACGAGCUGCAAGGCGAAGAGGACUUCCAGAAGCAAGGCGAUGCCCGCACGCAGGCUCUGAGAUGGGAGCUCGAGGAAAGACAGAGGAUGGAGGAGGCCGAUGUCGAGGACAAGGAGCGAGCCAAGGAGAAGCGAAGAGAAAAGCGUCAGAGGCAAAAAGAGCGCGAAAGGGCCCUCGAGCGCGGCGACGACGUCGACAGCGACGACGGCGACGACAGCGAGGGCCAGGACCAUGCGAGAGAGGUACUCGCGCCGUUGGACAACCGAUCGGACGGCUACGAGACCCCCGACUUCGACAUCGGUUCCGAAUCCGAGGAGGACGACCAAGACAGCGCCGAGGACCACAACGGACCCCGCGGUGGCCCGGCUCCUCCUGCAAAGAGGGCCAAGCACGCGCUCGGUCCCCGCAUCGAGGCCGAGACAAAGAGCCAGGUCGAACGCGAGGAAGAGCUCGCUCUCCAGUUGCUGGCAGGCGGUGCUCCGUAA